AUGAUGUUAAUAAUUUAUUUGAAGUGUGCCUUGGGCAGUCAUUAUAAAAACACAUGGAAUAUUGAACACAGCAAACACAAGAGAAGUCUGUCUAGUAAAAAGACUGGAUGUCUCUAUCUCUUGAAAAUAUCAUACAAGAAGACUGCUAAAGAAUAUCUUUUUUGGAAAGCUACCAAUGAUAUUGAAGGUUACUACAGUCACUCUCUUGAUGAUGACUCCAUGAAAUCUAUCUUGAAAGGUUGCUUGUCAAAGAUUACUGUCUAUGAUGCUAGAGAAAUCAUGAAGCUUGUUGAAAUCAAAACUAAGACUCGUGAGAUCCAAAAGGCAAUCAAUGAAGAGAAUAAUGUUAGCUACAAGUUGUAUGUGAAUGAUAUCAACAAUAUCAAGGCUGCUUUUGUUUGUGCUACUGCUUUCACUUGUCAGGAUGUAGAUACUGAACUCAUUAAAACCACGGAAGCUAAAGGAUAUCUUGUACACUAUAGUAUAUUUUAUUAA